GUGGUCCAAACGCUAUUGCAUUCAGUCCAUCAUCACCAGCUGAAGUGAGAGAAGGAAGCAAUUUGACAGUAAACUGUAUUGCUGACUGUCUCCCACCAUGUUCUUACUCUUGGACAUGGAAAAAUGAAAACAUCAGUUCAACCGCUUUGCUAGCACUGGAGAACAUCAAAAAGAAACAGACAGGAGUGUACACGUGUUACGCGACCAACACAUUUACAUCACUGUCUGACCAUAAAACGUUCGAAUUGACUGUUCUCGAUGAUCCAGAGCGCAUGUCUGCCUUAAAUGCAGGUGCUAUAUCGGGAAUUGUGAUCGCUGUUGUUCUGGCUCUUGCUAUUCCUACUGUGUGGAUACUUUAUAAGAGAAUUAAAAGGCAACAAGACAUUGGGGAAGAGAAUAUUGAUAACAGAACUCAGAAGAGUGAAGUUGAAAAAAGUGAAAUUGACAACCCUGCAUUCACCCAGCCAGAUUAA